AUGGCCAAUGCCAGCGGAUCUGCCUUAGGGUCUUUGCACAGCGCCGUAUACUUCGAUGAGAAUGAUUUCGAUGAUGAUCUCGAUUUGGAUAGCGAAGAGUCAGAACCAGUUAUACCACCGCCAAAAAUUGUGAGGCCGAAUAAUGAGCAACAGAUACCAUUUCACGGUACAAACCCAACUACCUUGGCGACGCAUACGAACAAGCCGGCUCAAGUAUCAACGCCUGCGAUGAAGAAUGACGACUUGGAGAUAAAAUACCCUGAGUUGCCUCCAAUUCCUGACGAUGAUCCGGUGCCAUCCAGCAGUAUACCAGUUCCUUGGUCCUCAUCACCACCCUCUCACUUUCAGAAACCUACCAGUUCACGAACUCUGCCGUGGCUUAAGAAAGAGGAGCCGACGCCAGCAGUACAGUACAAGAAGCCAGAAACGCCUGUGCGCUCUAAAUCUACUGCCAUAUGGAACAAAUCGGCGAGCGCAAUCAAGGAGGAACAAAAGGAACUACGCCGACAGUAUAAGAGUCAGAAGUCCGAAUCUGUGCAACAUCGCCCACGUGCUAAGAUAGCGCCUUUAUUUCUCAGUGAUGAACAAAAGCACGUACUUAAUGCCGUUGUUGAACAAGGGAAGAGUAUAUUCUUCACCGGUUCCGCCGGAACUGGAAAAUCAGUUCUUAUGAGAGAAAUCAUAAAGAAACUUCGCGACAAAUACAGGAGAGAACCUGACAGAGUGGCAGUGACUGCUUCGACGGGUCUUGCUGCUUGUAACAUCGAGGGUGUCACCCUCCAUAGCUUCGCAGGUAUAGGAAACAACGGCCGUCCUUUCGGCGGUAUUCAGCUUGUCGUCACUGGAGACUUCUUCCAAUUGCCUCCGGUCCCUGAUGGCAGUACUCGAGAGGCGAAGUUUGCGUUCUCUGCUGCUACCUGGAACACCUCUAUACAGCACACAAUCCUCUUGACCACCGUUUUCCGUCAAGCAGACCCGGAUUUUGCCAACAUGCUCAAUGAAAUGAGACUUGGAAAGCUCAGUCAGCGGACAAUCGAUACCUUUCAACAACUACAACGGCCACUUGACUUUCAUGAUUCUCUUGAAGCUACGGAGCUGUAA